AAAUAUGUAAUUGACUAAUGGCAAUUUGAUGGAGAGCUCUAAUUAUUUAAAUAUUAUGACAGCUGGCUUUAUUUGUUGAACGUGGGUAUAGUAGUAGUCAGUUUUGCAAAUCAUGCGAGCGACCUGGGGAACGAUCAUAAGCAUCUCGGCUGGGGUGCUCCUGCUGAAGCUCACUGAGAUCAGGACCAAGGAGAGCUGUUAUUAUGUGGCCUUCACCUAUGCGAAUUGGACGGAUGACCGACCCCGGUUUAUUGUCAACAUGACCUUCUCGAACCAGACUGGCAUCGGCUCAAUAACCACCAUCAACGAGGAGAUUGCCUCACCGGUGUCCCGCAUCCUUAUCCUUCAGCACUCCGGCCGGCAAAAGCCUCGCACCGUUUACAACGCUUCCACCAAGCUGUGCGACCUGCAGAAUGUCUUCAAUUCAGUACCGCUGUUUAAGCCAGCCAAGGACAACAUGCUCAAGCAAAGUAACUACACGCUGAGCUGUCCUCUGGUCAAAGGCACAUACGCCAUGCACAACAUGCGCGUUAGCCCCAAGAACCCACUUCUGAGCCUCCUCUACCAACCGAAGCACACUUUCUCCGUGAGUGGCGGCUUGUUUGAGGAACUUUCACGGGGCCGCCGGCUCAGGGCGCUGUCCACCUAUUUCAUGACUGGAAAGGUUGUGAAAAAGUCCUGUGGAUCCAAUGAAUAAGGAACAAGCAAGAAAGCUUCGUUUGGCAAGCGGAAUUUAUAUACCCUUGCAGUAAUGAUAUAUUAAAGAGGUGUGUACCGAAUAUGGACUUUCUAUAAUCAAAGCAACUAAACUAUGAUUUGUAUGUGUAGCGGGCCAAAAAAUAUAAGACACUUAAAAUACCUUUUUGAAGAUAGCAACUGAGAAUACAGAUAGAUAUAUCAA